AUGACAGGCUGGACGCACAACACGCCAGACGACACGCCGACCGACGGGCCGCGCAUCGCCGCCAUCUGCACGGCCUUCACUGCCGCCGCCUUUGUCCUCGUCUGCCUGAGAUUGUAUGUCCGGACGAUGCUGGUCAAAGCUGUUGGCUGGGACGAUUGGAUCAUCAUUGUUUCUUGGCUCGGAGCGUGCGGCUAUACGGUAUGCACCGUGCUACAGACGAAAUGGGGCCUCGGAAUCACCAGGCUAGAGGACAUGCCGGAUGAGGACGUCCUGAACUUUGGCAAGGUGAGGAAGCGUCCCGCGACGUUUUCCCUCAUCCCGCUAACGAGUUUUCUGAAAGCUGCAAUAUAUGGGAGUUACGUCGUUGGCAUCUGGGGGUUCAAGAUGAGCCUGCUCUGUUCCUACCUACGCUUCUUCCCCGUCGGCGGCUACAAGAUCGGCACCAUCAUAGUCGCGGUGGCGUGCACAAUGGCACAUAUUGCCUUCAUUUUCGUUUUCCUCUUCCUAUGUACACCCGUCGAGAAGCAAUACGACCCCUCGGUCCCCGCGGACGUGGGACACUGCGUCGACGCCAUAGCCUUCUACAUGACCUUUUCGUCCUUGACCAUCGUCUUUGACGUCCUCAUCAUGUUCCUUCCGUUCCCCGUCAUCCUACGAUCCCAGAUACAGAACCGGAAGAAGGUGGUGCUCCUCGCCCUCUUCGUGCUCGGCGGCUUCGUCACCGUCAUCCAGGCGAUCCGCAUCCAGACGAUCCAGAACCUCGUCAACUACCUCGACUCGGCCAAGACGAUCCAGUGGUCCGUCAUCGAGACGUGCAUCGGCAUCAUCAUCGCCUGCGUGCCGCCGCUGGCGCCUAUGGUCAAGUACUUCGCCGACAGGAGCCGCUGCCGCUCCGGUGGCGGCCGCAGCCGCGGCUCGGGCCCGCCCACCAACAGCUCGCGCUACGUGCUGCAGACCUGGGGCACCAAGCGGAGCGGCAUGCAGCCGCUAGGCACGGGCGUCGACAGGGAGGCGUCCGUGGUGGGCAGCCUGCAGACGAAGGCGGAGGAUAGCACCGAGAACAUACUGGAGUCGAGCGGCGCCGCCAAGGCCACGACGGCGCCGGGUGCCCCGGUGACGUGGUCGGACAAGGAUAGGAGGCAGGACGUCUGA